GUAUAAAAAUGAAACGCCUGAAAUGUGGUGUUCUCGUAUUCGUUAUCCAUUUAGAACACUUCUAGAAAAUAACCUAAAAUACUUCUCCAAGAAUGGAUUUAUCCAUAUGACUGAAAGAUCUAGAGAUAGGAGAUUUAUGGUUGAGAAGC